AUGGAUCUGGAAUUGGGACUCAAAAUCACUAAAACUAGAGAUGACAUUGCUUCCAUCUCUGAGUAUCGAUUAGCAAAGGACAGAGCAGGACCCAUCUUUCAAUCUAGAGAAACAAACACUAUGUUCAUCCUCAGUGCCCAUCUUAAAGGUUAUAAGAAGAAUAACAUUAACAUCAAGAUUAGUGAAGAUGGUAGUAAGAUAUCAAUUAGUGGAGAAAAGCCAGUUAAGGAAAUUUUGAUGAUGGGAUGGACAAUGCAUAAGAAAGAAAUUGAUGUUACGGGGUUCACUAAGGUUUUCAAAAUUCCUGAUGGGGUGAAUUUGGAUAGAAUCAAAGCUAAUUAUGAUGAGGAGGAAUGGAUAUUGCAUAUCGUCAUGCCAAAAUUGGUAAAAGGGAUCUGUGGGGCUAGGAUUGAAGAAAUCAAGGAAGAAGAAAAAUCUAAUGGAGGAAGAUUAGAACUAGACAAAAGUGAAGCUGAUCACAUUGUUGAUGGUGUUGGAGAGACAAGCCAAAAGGAAUCUAAAGAAUCUGAAGUUCAAGCAAUGAAGGACAGUGAAGAUUUUAAGGAGAAAAAGGAAGGAGGAGUAUCUGACAAGAAGCUUGAGGAUUCCAAUAGGGAAAUGAGUAAAGAGACAAUAGAUGAAGUAGUAGAAAAAUAUAAGUUGGGAAUUGAAGAUGGAAAUGGAGAAAGUGUGAGAGAAAAGAUUGGCAAGGAAGGAAAUGAAGUAAAGAAGAUGUCAGAAGUAGAGCAAAAUGUUGGUGUAGGCAUCUCACAAAAAAUUGGAGAUACUAUCCAAAAAGAAAAAGAAGAAUCUAAGUUGAGGAUUGAGGAUGGAAAGGUUGAAAGCAUGAUAGAAGAGGUUGACAAGGUAGCAAAUGAAGCAGUGAAGCCAUCAGAAAUAGAGAAACAAGUAGGUACAACUAUCCAGAAGAAUGUUGGAGAUACAAGUCAAGAUAAAGAGUACGAGGUUCAGGAAAUGGAAGACAAUGGAGGUUUUGUAGAGAAGGAAAAAAUGGUAUAUGAAAAGAUGCUUGAUGAUGCCAACAGGAACACAAUUGGAGUGGUGAUCAAGAAAGAAAUAGAAGAAUCCAAGUUAGGAAUUGAGGAUAGAGAUGGAGAAAAUGUGAAAGAAAAAAUUGGUAAUGCAGGAUAUAUAGCAAUGAAGACAUCAGAAAUGGAGCCAAAUGUAGGUGCACAUAUCACAAAGAUAGCUGGAGAUACAAUCCAAGGGGGUUCUAAAGAGCCUGUUAUUGAACAAAUGGGGGAAGCUAAAAGUACUGUUGAGAAGAUGGGGAGAGAGGAAUCUAGAAAGAUGCUUGCUGAGGACAAUGUGUCUACCAAGUCAAAUCAAAAACCAUUUGGAGAACCUAAGUCUGAAACUGAGAAUAGACUUGCAGAAAAUGUGAAAGGAAGUAGUAUGGAACUACUGGAAACAACGAAGACAUCAGAACCUGACCAAAAUGUAGCUGAUCAUAUUCCUAGAAACAUUGGGGGUAUAAGCCAAGAAAAUUUUAAAAAAUCUAGGAUUCAACAAAAGGAGAAAACUGAAAGCAUAGAAGAGAAGAUGGAGGUAGGGGAAUCUGAAAGGAUGCCUUUUCAAGCCGAUGAGGAUAGUCAGAAAAACAGAUUCAUAGAUAGCAUCCCAAAGGACAUCAAAAAGCGUAAGACUGAUACUGAAGAUGGAGAUCAAGAAUGUUUCGAAGGAAAAGCUGAUAAGGAAGGAUUUGAUGCAAUGGUAACAGUGAGGGAAGAGUUUCCUAAGCAGUUACCAAAUGCAGUAACUACUGAGGAAAACAAAGGGUUGAGCGUUUCAAAAAUGCAAGAAACUGAAGAAGUCAAAGAAGCAAUGAUCAAAAGAAAAGGCAAAGAGAUUCAACAUUUUGUGGGUAAGGGUGAAGGUGAAGAACUCAAGAGGAUGCAUAUGAAAGCAAAGAAAGCUUUUCCGAAAGAACAAAUGCAUGAAACAGAAGGUGUCAAAGAACCAAUGGUAAAAAGAAAGAGAAAAGAAAUUGAAUGUUUUGCUGAUAAAGGUGAUGGUGAAGAACUCAAAAGGAUGCAUAAGGAAGAAAAAGACGAAGGGACAAUACAAAACACUAAAGAUGUCAAAGAAGCAAUUGUCAAAAGAAAAGACAAAGAUAUUGAGUAUCUUGCAGAAAAUGGUGAAGGUAAAGAACCCAAAAGAAUGCAUACGGAAGCUAGGAAGGACUCAACAAAAGAGACGAUGCAAGAAACUGAAGAUGUCAAAGAAGCAACGGUUAAAAGAAAAGGCAAGGCUGUUCAACUUUUAGCAGAUAAGAAUGAAGGUGAACAAACAAAAUGGAGGCAUAUGCAAGCAAAGAAGGACUCAACAAAAGAGACAAUGCAACAAACUGAAGAUGCCAAAGAAGCAAUGGUUAAAAGAAAAGGCAAGGAAGUUCAACUUUUAGCAGAUAAGGGUGAAGGUGAGGAACCCAAAAUGAUGCAUAUGGAAGCAAAGAAGGACUCAACAAAAGAGACAAUGCAAGAAACUGAAAAUCUCAACGAAGCAAUGGUCAAAAGAAAAGGCAAAGAGACUAAAUAUUUUGCUGAUAAGGGUGAAGGUGAAGAACCCGAAAGGAUGCAUAUGGAAACAAAGAAAGACUUAACAAAAGAGAUAAUGCCAGAAACUGAAGAUGUAAAAGAAGCAGUGGUCAACAGAAAAGGCAAGGGGGUUCAACUUUUGGAAGAUAAGGAUGGUGAAGGUGAAGAACACCAAACUAUGCAUAAGGAAGCAAAGGAGGACCUAACAAAAGAGACAAUGCAAGAAACUGAAAAUCUCAACGAAGCAAUGGUCAAAAGAAAAGGCAAAGAGACUAAAUAUUUUGCUGAUAAGGGUGAAGGUGAAGAACCCAAAAGGAUGCAUAUGGAAACAAAGAAAGACUUAACAAAAGAGAUAAUGCCAGAAACAGAAGAUGUAAAAGAAGCAGUGGUCAAAAGAAAAGGGAAGGGGGUUCAACUUUUGGAAGAUAAGGAUGGUGAAGGUGAAGAACACCAAACUAUGCAUAAGGAAGCAAAGGAGGACCUAACAAAAGAGACAAUGCAAGAAACUAAAGAUGUCAAAGAAGCACUGGUCAAAAGAAAAGACAAAGAAAGUGAUUAUUUUGUGGAUAAGGGGGGAGGUGAAGAAUUUAAAAGGGUGUACAUGGAAACAAAGAAAGAUAUAAAAGAGACAAUGCAAGAGGAAAUUGGAAAGGGAAAUGAGGAUAGUGAUCAGCAGAAUGUAUUAGAGAAAACUGUUAAAGGAAGAUUUGAAGUAUCAAAAUGUACAACUGAAGAGUUGCCCAAGCAAGUAAGGGAGGAAGAUGGAAGUAAAGGCUUCAAGGUUGCAAAGAUGGAAGAACAAAAAAAGUUGAUAAAAAAAGCAAUGGCUGAAACUGAAAGUUCAAUGGAAAAGGUGGAAGGGGAAGAAUCCAAGGAGAGGACUGAGAAGGCAGGCAGGGUUAUUGGCAAAAACCCAGUAAUUGAGACCUUACAAAAGGAAGCCGAGGAGUCUAUCAUUGAAAGGAAGCCCGGAGAUGGACCAUAUGUACCUGACACUAUGGUCAAAGGAGUAUUUGAAAUGUCAGGGACUUUCCAAGCAAAGCUUCCCAAGCAAUUGGUUGAGGCAAUUGCCCAAGAUAAGAAGGAUAAAAAUGAAUAUGCUAUUGUGAAAUUCAAAGGAGAAGGAUCCAUAAAGAUGCAUGUUGAACCAAAUAAGGCUUUUGAUGAGGACACAAUUGAAAAAGAAAUUAUAAAGCCAAAACUUAAAGGUGACCAAAUAAAUGAGAAAGAAACUGUUUAUGUUGGAAUAUGUGAUGGAAACAAACCAAAGUUUCUGGAGAUAGGGGAAACAGCGGAUGUCAAAGAAGAGGGUGGAAAAAUUGAAGAGUAUGUGAAGAAAGUAGAUGAAGACAAAUAUGAAGAGUCUGCUCGGCCUGAAAGAGAGGGUCCUAAGAUCCAAACAAAGGGAAAAGGCCAACUUUCUUUGCAGGAAGAUAUUAGUGAAGGAAGAUACGAAGAGAGCAAAACAGCGAGAGAGUUUCCUAUGCAAAUAGUAGAUUCAGUUGCAAAUACAAGAGAGGGGCCAAGGGAUAAACAAAUAGAAGCAGAAGAGGACACUAAAACAAAGAGAGAGAAAACAAAAGCUGCUGAGUCUACCCCAAAGGAAAAAAUUCAAGAGCCUAAGAGUGAAAAAAUCCUCCUGGCUUUUCAUGAAGAACCAGAGGAUAAACAUCCAAAAGUAAUAGAAAAAGGAACUUUUGAAAGAAAACCAGAGUCUACAAAAGGGCCAACCACACAACCAAAAGUAUUAAGUAUGGGAUAUGUGGAGGUUGAAAAAGGAAAAGCAAAGGAGAAGACACAGGAGACAAAGAUGCUACCUCCAAAAGUUCAAACCAAGAAGACUCGUGAUUCAAAAACUGAAAGCAAGAACCAAGAUAUCAUGAAGCCAAAGAAACCAAAAGAAGUAGAAGGAGAACAGACAGAAAGCACUAUAGCUGAAAGGAUGGAAACCAAAAGAGACUUGAAAACAACUCCUGAAAGAAAAAAAUACAUGACAACUCAAAAUGUUAAAGAUGAGAAACACAGGAUACAAGAAGAAAACAAGAUACCUAAAAUGCAAGAAACUCGGGAGAAAGAUCAUCAAAUUGAAUUAGAAGUCGUCACACCUAAAAUGGAGGUGAAACCUCCACCAACAAUUGAACUAACUGCAAAAAAAGGAGUUGAAAAAUCAAAGAAGGAAGAGAUGUCAUCUAUGCCUACGGCAAUCCACAGAAAAGAACCUCAUGAAUCAUCGUGGCCAAGCAAGGACUACAAAAUUCUAAAGAUAGAGAAUGUACGACAAGAAAAGGAGGAGGGGGAAAGGGCCAUUCAUGCACUGAAACCAACUAUUUCCAAAGAAGAAUUUGCACAAGCUACGGCUACGCAUUUAAAAGCAAAAUGCAAUGUUGAACUGAAAGAUGAGAUUGAUAAGCCACAAGUAAAUCAACUGCCAUCUCCAUCUGAAGAAAUGUUGAUCAUAGAGCCAUGUGAAUUAGAUAAAUUUAGAAAGAAAGAAAAUGAUUCAAAGGACAAGAGUUUCGUGAAAAUGCAAGGUAGAAAAGAAUCAAAGGAUCCCACAGAAGGCACUACAGCAUCAGAAGUAGUAGCAGAUGAAGUUGUUGAACCAUCAAACUUAUCAAGCACAUCAUCCACCCAACAAUUUGGAGUUGAAGGAAAAGACAAAACAAAUGCUCGUUAUGAAGUUGGAGGCCAAGAAUCUCAAGAUUCAAAGAAGGACUCUGAAGAAGAUGUUCAAGAGUCAACCGAAGGUAAAACAGACCAAGAAGUUGAACAAAGAGAAACAGUACAACCAGAGUCCCUUGCAGAUCAACAAUGCAUAAGCAAAGAUCAGGAAGAAUUCCAUGGAAUAUACAAAAUUGAAGAAGAAAAAACCUAUGAGCAAGGAGAUGAAGCCCAUGAAGAUUCUCAAGUAUUAGAUGAGCAAAAAGAAAGUAAAGAGGAAUCCACUAGAGGGAAAAAGGAAGACACAAAGAGGUCAAAGAAAAUGUUUGUUUCUUUGAUCAUAGCAGGAUCAGCCCUUUUAGCUUCUGGAAUAUUUAUGUUUAUUCGUCAAAGAAGAUCCACAAAAAGCAUAGCAAAUCCAUUCGUAAUGCUGAUCAUGUUGAAAAUCUUGGGAAUGGAGUUUUUAAUAGGACUGUUGCUUCCUUGUCUGAGUGAGGAGGAUGUGUUCUGGUUGUCAGUUGCUUUGCUGAAAGGAGGGCUUGUACCUGAUUUUGACAUGCUCCAAGUUGAAAACGGAAGCAUGACCACAGAAGAAUAUCAUGCCUAUUUCAGCAUAUGGGCAUUGGCUAAGAAAAUUGGAAAGAGCAGCACAAUACAUUCAGCAGAACUGGAACGCUUCCAAAAGGCAAAUCCUGAUAUUGACUUUGAGAUGAAGAGGUCAAACCUUGACCAGAUCCAAGAUCUAACUUGA